AUGCCGAGAAUCCAAUUUCGAAGCGAUGUGAUUACGGGAGCGGACAGUCUGUGGACGAGGCUGACCGGGCAGAAGUGGAGUAGACAUCACGUGUUCGUGUUCAUUCACACAUUCAUGAGGUGACUCAUUUGCCACGUCUCGAGGAAAAACAAAAUAUUUAUAGUUAUGCAAUGCUUCAUGCAACCAGAAAAACUCUGUCGACUGUAAAACCGUCUCUGAUUAACACGUGGAUGUCGAAUACUUCCACUCCCGAAGGUGCUUUGUUUCCGACUAAGCAGGCGGCCGCAGAGUUUCUCGGAGGGCUCGACACUGGAUUCAUGAUCGCCUAUGCCAUUGUAGGUGGACCUUAACGUGGAUUCCUAUGGAAAAGUCUUCAGGGGCUGUACAUUUGCGGAAUUCUCGGAGAUAACUACAACCCACGACGUCUGCUGGCUGCUGGAAUGAUGACGUCAUCAAUUGUCGUUCUCUCAUUUGGAUAUCUCACCGAGACUUUCCACUUUUACUCACCAACCUUAUACGCGUUUCUCUGGAUCUCAAAUGGGUUCAUUCAGUCGGUUGGAUGGCCGGUGGAAGUUUCCAUCAUGGGAAACUGGUUCGGUCAUAAUGCUCGCGGUGCAGUCAUGGGAGCUUGGUCUUCUUGUGCAAGCGUAGGAAAUAUCAUCGGAACCCUCAUUACAAGCCACACUCUAUUUCUAGGAUAUCAGGUAAACACUAACGUAAAAAUGUGUGGAAGAUAGCUUAUUUCAGUAUUCGUUCUUAAUUGUCUGCACUCUACUGUUCGUCUACAGCUUCCUCGUCUUUUUCCAACUUCCAUCGGCCCCGUGGGAAGUUAACAAUGAAGUUCCACCUGAGCAGAUGAACGAAGAAUUAGAAAACGACGAAACGACGGAAAGACCACCGCCUAUCGGAUUCUUCCGAGCUUGGCUACUUCCCGGAGUCAUUGCAGUCAGUUUGACACGAAUCCGAAACGAUUAACAGUUGUUUUGCAGUAUUCCUUAGCCUAUGCUUGUCUCAAACUUGUCAACUAUGGUUUCUUUUUCUGGUUACCCUUCUACCUCCAUUCCGGUCUCCACUGGCCAGAGUCCUAUGCCGAUGCGCUGUCCACGUGGUAUGAUGUCGGAGGAAUUGUGGCAGCUGUGAUUGCUGGAGCUUGUUCGGAUCACAUGAGAUCUCGUACUCCGGUCGUAUUCACAAUGCUUAUAAUAUCUACGUUCUCAUUGUACAUUUAUGCUCGUAAGUCAAAAUGUUAAAAAAGUAUUGAGCAUGCGGAUUUUCCAGAUUCUCCCGAAUCCUAUAAUUGGAAUGCUUUCUUACUGAUGAUAGCUGGUUUCUUCAUUGGAGGUCCAGCCAAUAUGAUAUCUAGUUCGAUCACGGCUGAUCUUGGGAAGUGCGAUCAAUUGCGCGGGAAUGCGGAAGCUCUUUCUACUGUGACAGGGAUAAUAGACGGAACCGGAAGCAUCGGCGCCGCGAUCGGGCAAUGGUUCAUACCGUCAAUUCAACUCUGGUUUGGAUGGGAUGCAGUUUUCUACGGUUUCAUUGUUAUGGUGGAAAAAACCACGACUACUUAAAUAAUACGUCGGAUUUCAGAUAAUUUGUACGGCUGUAUGCCUAGUUCCCGUUCUUUGGAAAGAACAGAAAGCUAGACGCACCGCUCACCGUUCGGAUGAGGUAUUUUCACUAUUGCAGGAAGACAGCGACACCGACGAAAGUUCAUCUAAUGAUAUUCAGGAGAUAAGAAGGAGACCUACUAGUGUCAAUGUGUAAUUUUACUAGAGGGGACGUGAAAUCGCCGGGCACAAGGUGUGAACAAAUGGGCGUUUUUUUGGGUUGUGCGCUGUCGGUUCUUGUUCUGUUCAUGUUGUUAUUGCAAAUACCAUUUUUGUACAUAUUGAAAGGCCAUAUCUUUUUCUAUUGCAUUCCAAUAAACGUAUCGAAAUUGAUCACACAAAAAGUACUCUUUUUUCCGAAUUUCCGCAUCUCUUUUGAGAGAUCGUCUUCUCUUGUGUCACUUUUCGGUAAAUUUGAUAUUUAAUUUGAGAGACCGGUUCUCGACAUUUUUGUCUACAUUCCUCUUUGAAGUUCAUCUGCCGUGAUAUGUCGGAUGAAAAUUCUAGCGCUGUGCCACGCGAAAGCCUUAUAACUCGUAUAACUGGUCAGAAAUGGACGCGGUACCAUGUACGGGUAUUCUUGCACACAUUUAUCGGGUAAGCUCAGCGAACUAAUACAGAUUCUGAUUUCAUCCUAGGUACGUUCUCUUACACGCAAAUCGAAAAACCUUAUCAACAGUUAAACCUUCUCUGAUCACUAUUUGGACAGACAAUUCGUCGACUCCAAAUGGCCCUCUUUUCGCUUCCAAGCAAACUGCGACGGAGUUUUUGGGAGCAUUGGACACAGGAUUCAUGAUAACUUAUGCAACAGUAAGCGUUUCGAAAAAAUACACUAAAAGUACGUUUUCUGUUAGGGACUUUACAUAUGCGGAGCGCUAGGUGAUAAUUAUAACCCACGAAAGAUUUUGAGCUUUGGAAUGGCUCUAUCUGCAAUCAGCGUUUUCAUUUUCGGAUAUGUUACGGAAGUUCUCCACUUCUAUUCGAUCCCUUUUUAUGCUAUUUUCUGGAUUUCAAACGGCUGUUUCCAGUCGGUUGGAUGGCCGUUAAUCAUAUGUAUCAUGGGAAGUUGGUUCGGAAAAACAGCCAGAGGAACCGUGAUUGGAGCGUGGUCAACAAAUUCAUGUGUCGGAAAUAUUCUAGCCUCGUUGAUUGCCAGCCAGACGGUUAGUUUUGGCUAUCAAUAUCCAUUCUUCAUCAUCUGCAUUGCACAAUUCGGCUACAGUAUCCUAACCUAUUUCCAUUUGCCAUCGGCGCCAUGGGAAGUGGAAGAACUGAAUGUUGGACGGAUCACGAAAGAAGCGCCAAGUGAGGAAAGAGAAAGACCGCCACCGCUGGGAUUCUUCCGUGCUUGGCUACUACCCGGAGUGAUAGCGGUUCGUUCAAAAAAAUAAUUUUUUAAGAUAUACUCAUUUAGUUCUCCAUUUCCUAUUCUUGUCUCAAACUUGUAAACGAUGGAUUCUUUUUUUGGCUACCAUUUUAUUUACACAAGUAGGCUUUCUGGUGAAAUAUUUUUUAACCUUGAAUGAUUUCAGCGGACUUCACUGGCCAGAGGCAUUCGCCGAUGCACUUGCCAUUUGGUACGAUGUAGGAGGAAUCAUCGCGUCUAUUGCCGCUGGAGCUCUUUCCGUGAGGCAAUCUUGACACCAGUGUAACAGAGAAUUCAGUUAAGGAUCGGAUGAAAUCUAGGACUACACUCGUUUUCAUCAUGUUGCUUUUCUCUACAGUUACACUUCUUGCCUAUUGCCGUAUGUCAAAGACUUAGAUUAUAUACACAGCCGCUAUUUGCCAGAUUCUCCGGAGUCAUACAGUUGGAAUGCGACCAUUCUGCUGAUUGUCGGGAUUUUCAUUGGAGGGCCAUUAAACAUGAUCGCCGGUUGCAUAACUUCCGAUCUUGGCAAAUCCGAAGCGUUGCAAGGAAACGCAGAGGCUCUGUCCACAGUCAGUGGUAUCAUUGACGGAACAGGAAGUAUCGGAUCAGCCAUCGGCCAGUGGCUGAUUCCGUUAGUACACGUCUGGCUAGGUUGGAAUGCUAUUUUCUAUGGCUUCAUGAUUUUGGUGAGGUCAUCGCUUUAUCAUUGCAACACAGCAAAUGCUCUCAGGUCGUAUGCUCGGCACUUUGCAUAUCCCCUGUAUUGUGGAGAGAACGGAAAGAGCAUAAGUUGCAAAAGGUAAUUCUUUAACACUCCGCGGCAAAUUGGAAUUUUCAGGUAGCUCAGAGACGCUGA